UCGAAACCAAAACAGAUUCGUAGUAACAGCAGAAGAACGUACCUGUCACGUAAGAAGCAAUACGCGAUUGUCUGUUACGUUGCCAGGGUGAAAGGUUACAGCUGUCACCUGCACGCGCUUCCUGGAGCAACUAGGGGAAGGCUUGUGAGGAACUGUUGAGUAAAGGAGGGUAGUGAAUGACAGGCACUUAAUAGGUUUGCCGGUAUUGUUUACUGAUUCGGUGUGGAAGGGCAGUAGAACUUGGUGGUCGUAUUGUAUUCAAACCGGGUCAAGGAGAGAAACAAGGACAUCAGACAAAUCGCGUGGACCUAGGCUGAUGCAGCAGCUUCUUGGUGAUGCUGUGAUAUGGUGUUUCUGUAUGUUGUGUGUGAGAGACAAGUCAAACUGAAAAAGUAGUACCAACAAGAAACAUUAAUUACUUGUAUGGAAAAAAAUGAAUAGGAUUUAGAAUAUCCUAGGCAAGUCUGUGCAUAUUCUUGUCUUCACUUAUAUCCACCUUUUGCAUUCAUUUGGAAAAUGGUCGUUUUGUCUUGUAAACACAUUCUGCUUGUUUGAACCAGUUCCUUUCCUGUUGUGUUUCUAGCGGUUUGAUGAAAUAACGCCUGCUGUUAUCUAUUGAGCAGUGAACUGAGCGUACCCUGGAGAAAAUACUCUGAACUGAGUGCCUGCAUGAGGCGCCGGUGAUGAAGUACUGAAAAAAGCUAGGGCAUUAUUUCCAAGGUUUAACAGGCUGUAGCUGACACAUACAGUGGCGACCCUUUUGCUGCCGGUGAAGACUGAGAGUUGCUUAAAUAUUUCCGUGGUCAGGACUGAGCUCUGUUCUCCCUCUUUUCAUUGUUUUUGUUUUAUCUGGGAUUUUAUUUCAGUUUGCCGGUCGAGACGGCUGCUUUCAAGGCCUUUUGUUCUUUUGUUAGGAAUUUGGGAACGGUAAAUUGUACACAAUCACAACCACUGGAAAUAGCAUGGCCGGGCCAGAACGGAGCGAACAGCAGGUUGACGAUACUUUGCAUCAUCUUGAUGAUUCAGAAUUGGCCUUGGCAGGGAUCAAUAUGCUUUUGAAUAAUGGAUUUAAGGAAUCCGACCAGCUCUUUAAGAAAUACAGAAACCACAGUCCAUUGAUGAGUUUCGGCGCUAGCUUUGUCAGCUUCUUGAAUGCUAUAAUGACUUUUGAAGAAGAGAAAAUGCAGCUGGCUUGUGAUGAUUUGAAAACCACAGAAAAACUGUGUGAGAGUGAUGAGACUGGAGUCAUUGAGACAAUCAAGAACAAGAUAAAAAAAAAUGUUGAUUCUCAAAAGCCAUCACUAUCAGUGGAAGAUCGACUCCAGAGACAGAUAAUCAUAGCAGACUGCCAUGUCUAUUUGGCUGUGCUUUCAUUUGUAAGACAGGAACUUUCAGCGUACAUAAAAGGUGGAUGGAUCCUUCGCAAAGCAUGGAAAAUUUACAACAGAUGUUACACAGACAUUAAUACACUGCAGGAGAUUUGCCAGAAAAAGACUUCUCAGGAACAUUUGACUUCUGAUGCUGCGAAUGAUAAUCAUACUCCUAUGGAGGGUUUAUCUGAAGAAUCUCUCAGUAGACUUAAAGGUGCUGUUAGCUUUGGAUAUGGACUUUUUCAUCUGUGCAUAUCAAUGGUGCCACCAAACCUUCUUAAAAUCAUCAAUCUUUUGGGUUUUCCUGGAGAUCGUCUGUUGGGGCUUUCAUCGCUGAUGUAUGCGAGUGAAAGUAAGGACAUGAAGGCACCUUUGGCUACACUAGCACUAUUGUGGUACCACACAGUGGUACGACCCUUUUUUGCCUUGGAUGGCAGUGAUACCAAAGCAGGACUGCAAGAGGCCGAGGAGAUUCUUCAGAGGAAAGAAGCUGCUUAUCCUAAUUCCUCUCUGUUUCUGUUUUUCAAAGGGAGGGUUCAGCGAUUAGAGUGUCAAAUCAAUCGUGCCUUGUCCUCAUUCCAUACCGCUCUGGAACUUGCAACAGAUCAAAGGGAAAUCCAGCAUGUAUGCCUUUAUGAAAUCGGUUGGUGCAGUAUGAUUGAGAUGAAUUUCCAAGAAGCAUACGAGUCAUUUAGAAGACUUAAAGAUGAGUCACGUUGGUCCCAGUGUUAUUAUGCAUACCUAACUGCAGUAUGUCAAGGAGCUACAGGUGACCUAGAGGGAGCUCAUUCUGUAUUUAAAGAUGUGCAAAAACUUUUCAAGAGAAAGAACAACCAGAUUGAACAGUUCUCUGUGAAGAAGGCAGAGAGGUAUAAGAAACAGCCUCCUACCAAGGAGCUGUGUAUCUUGGCUACAAUUGAGGUGCUGUAUUUGUGGAAAGCUCUUCCAAACUGCUCAUUAUCUGAUCUACAGCAUAUGAGUCAAGCUUGUCAGGAGGUAUCAGAUCCUUCAGCAGCUGGUCUAAAGAAUCUGCUUCUUGGUGCCAUUCACAAAUGUCUAGGUAAUUCAGAAGAUGCUGUUCAGUUCUUUCGUUCAGCUAUAAAGGAUAACCAUGAACAUCAGAUUAAUUCCUAUGUUCAGCCAUAUGCUUGCUAUGAGCUUGGCUGCCUUAUGCUGGACAAUCCACAGACUGCUGGGAAGGGAAAGGUCUUACUUCUUCAGGCUAAGGAGAACUACACAGGCUAUGACUUUGAGAACAGAUUGCAUGUCCGAAUCCAUGCAGCACUAGCCUCUUUAAAAGAAGUGGUUCCACAAUGACAGAACUGGUAUUCUGCUUCAACUCGCACAGCUACUGCACUUUUAAGUUGUUCUGUAGAGAGUGGAGAAGAUAGAACAACUAAUUUUCCUUCUGGAUGCCAUUAGAUGUCAGCCUUUUCUUGACUUGAAGUUAAGAUGUGAAGUAAUGCUGUACAGUUGGAACAAAUUAUUCAUUUGACUUGUUGCAGUUGUAUUUAAUCAGGGUUAUGAACUAGGUCAUGUUGAAUUUGAUUGGUCAGUAUCAGUGCAGAUAUUUAUGUGGGUAAUUAUUCAAGAAAGAGAACUUGUUUAAUGUGAUAUGUUAAAUCGUCUUAUGUGGUCAAUGGGGAAUGGUAUGAUGCUUUACUUUGGUGGAUUACAUUUUGUUGUAGGGUGGAAGACCAUAGAAAUAAAGCCCCUUCUCCCUCACAUUUUAACACAUAAUCUUGCAUUAGUAAUAAUAUAGAAUAAUAUAGCUAUGGAAAUGGUCUAUACAGUCCACAGCUGCUAGCAGAUCCUUUGCUUCUCUGCCCACAGGGUGAAGGAGGGAGUCAGUCACUGUCCUUUAUUUUAUUUAAGAAAGCAAUAUCAAACUAGAAGGACAGGUAAUCAGGCUUGUUCUAGUAUAAAGCUAGCACAGUACGGAAUACUAAAGGCCAGAUUAAACGGAUGGUGUCUGUGGGUUUAAGUAAAUUAUUGGCAACAUCCGUAUUUCAGGGAGCUCAGGGAGGCAUUCAGGAGGAUGAAACAUUUAUUAGUUAAAACUAAAUAGAAAGAUGUUCCUUUCUAGUCAGGAAGGUUGGGAAUCCCAACCAUUUUAAUGUUUUACAUGUGUUACAGCCAAAUUGUUGUUUAGUUGCACUAAUUCUAAAUAUUCCUUAGUGAGAUGUUGUUGACAAUGUUGUUUGAAUUGUUACUGUUCAAAUGAAUGGCCUCACAGGACUUGUAAAAACAGUUUGUUCCCCUGAGGUUUUAUUUUGUCAAAGUCAUAGCCAAGAUGUUCAUUUGAAGAAAAAACAUCACUUUUUAUCACAAGGUUAAUUUUUAUCAAGAACAUAGUGACCUUCGUAUUUUAGCUCAGAGUAUUUUGCCCAAUUUGCAGUGUUGAUGUGAUGUUCGAGUACCUCACUCUAUGUGAAAAAGCUAUUGAGAUUGCCUGAAGGACUCCUGUACACUUUAAAGGGGGGUCACUUUGCCCCAGUGUAUUAGGCUGCAUAGCAGCACUAAAAUGUUGAAUUUAUUUAUUUUUAUGUAUUCACAGUUUCCUACAUUUGGAAUGUCUUCUUUAAAUGAAGUUUAAGUCACAUGAACUUAAAUAGCCAAGAAUAUGCUGUGAGUUUUAUUUACAUGCAUUUAAUCUCUCCUUCUAAAGACUUGAAAACUGGUUUAAUAUUACUAUAAUAUAAUAAUUUAUAGCACGUUCCCUAAAUAUUGCAGCAAUAUUGAACAUAUUCACUAGUGGCAGACUAGAAGAACCAGAUCUAUGAUGUAACCUAGAAUGCAUAUAAAUGAUGGAAUCUGGAAGUGAUGUUUCAUACUGUUUUUCUUUUAUUAACUUGUGUUUUUGUUGCUUCCCCGUAUUAUCCACCACACCAUUUGCCCCAUGUUCCAAUGUCUGCACACGAGACAGAGAAGAGAUAGUGAUGGUCAUCUCAGCAUGAUGCUAUCCUGAUAGUCUGGGGGGGGGGUCCCCAAAGUAUGCACAAACAGUGCAGAUGGUGUGCUCAUGCCACUAUAGAUGUUGUCUUUAGGUACUCCAUUCCAUCUCUGUGUCAGAUUGCAGUUCUCCAGUCAGGCAAGAACGCAUUCAAUGCAUCUCAUGGAAAUCGUGCUGAAAAUUUGCUUAUAGCAUAUGCUGUGUUUCAGGUUAAUUGAUUGUAAUUCUAACUUUACUGCUUUGUUUUGUUUUAAUAUAUAGUUGCAUUGUUUGGA